GGCUGCAUGAUGGAACAGUUAGAAGUGGUCUGUUUUGAAUAUAUAUAUUUAUGUUAUUAUUAUCAUCAUCACUGAUGUGAAACCUCAAGAGUGGAGAAAUACUAACAUCCUGCCACUCCAUAAAACUGUCUCCUUCAGAAUCUUGUCGAGACCUGGAACCCUGAUCUGGCAGAUCCUGCGACUGCUCUCAAUGUUCCUUCAUAGUGGCGCGUGUUGUUGUUCUUCUCUUGUUGCUAGGCUUCGCCUUCAGAUUAAUGAGGUAUAACUGAUGCGAUGAAAAUAUCAGGCCUGAAGAAAUGUGUCACUCAACGCUGAAUGACUCACAAGCGAAAGUAUUUCGACAAGGAGGUUCAUCUCACAAAUGUUGGCCAUCGGUGAGCGAAACAAGCGACACCUGACCCAUGGAAGACAACACAGAGAAUCCCACGGCGGUGAAAGUGGAGGAACACUCCCAGUGUGUCAUCUUCACCUACUUCCAUGGAGACAUUGGGACGAUGGUGGAUUCUCACUUCUCCAGAGCUCUGAAUAAACCCUGCAAGGCCAAAGCACCGGGGGCAAAGUUAAAGAAGACCCACCAGCCCAUUAAGCUGGAGCAAACCAGCGCCUGCCAAGAAAGCGCUGCUGAGUCAUAUUCACCGCUGCCAAUUCCACCCGGCAGACAUCAGGUCUUCAGUCCCCCAGAUGGGCCCAGCAGACCGUGGCACCCUAUCAAUGCCAGGAUCGGACAGAGCCCCAGUUUGUCGGCCAUCGCUUAUAAUCUACCCCCCGAUGGGCUGAGUCUCACCGGACAGCAGUGCGCCACGUCGCUGCUCAACCUGCUCCACAGCGAUCGCGGCGAUAUCGGGUCCGGCAUGGCCUCUGGCUCCAAACCGGACUUGCUGCCAAACUGGAUGGUGCCUCCGGGAUUAACAGAUUCAGUGGACCCUGCUGUGGGGUUUGAAUCAGGACGACAUAUGGACAAGAAGGAUUUGUACUGGUACUGACAAGAGGGCGACCACGCUGCAGACUUCCAGUCGGUGGCUCUCGUGUGGACACUUUCUUCAGGAAACGGUCAUCUGAGAUGAGACGGAAAAGCUGCCCCUGCACUUCCUCGUCUUCUCCGGUGACCUCAGCCCUUCAGUGCGUGUUACAACUGGAGCAAAACAUCCUAGGAAGGAACGGUCUCUGACAAACCUGUUUUUCAACUUCAUCAUUCCUCAAGCAGCAGUCAGAACGUUGCUUAUGUUGCUUCCUCUUGUGGUGGAUGAGGAACGUUUCUCUCUAAACAGUCUUUGUUUCUAUUCGUGGGUCCAAAUGGACCAGCAUUAAGUCACACCUUUUGAAGAAUGUUGGUGGCUCCAGAAGGCUCAAAGUAAUGAAUAUUCAUCUGUAAAUAUGACAACUUGAGCUGAAGAUUUCUUAGCUUUUGAUGUAAUGUAAACAGCAUACAGAACAAGCAAAAUGUAAACACAAAUACACCUGUUGUUUUUCACAUUAAUGUGUCAAGAAAAAAAUAUUUAAUAGGUUUGUGUUUUAUUGUGUAUUUAUAUCUAUAGAACUGCGUAGGAAUGCAAACUAAUUUGGCAUUGUUCCAAGGAUGUGAUUUGGGCUUCCUUUAGGACACUGAAGUUCUGACAGACUCUCACAGGUUCAUUGAAGUGGACGGUCAGAUGGUGGAGCUGUCACCUGCCAAAUGGAAGACAGACUAUCAUUAUUUCUCAUGAGUCAUCACCAAGAUUAAAUUGACUUUUCAAACUUUAAAUCUACUUUUGUUCAAGUCUCUUUUUUCUGCAGUUAUUAGUUUUCAAUUCAGAUUGUUGUCUGGUUGGAAUCGCUUUGCUGGAGACUUGAAUAAACUCAGGGUCUCUAAAAAGGUCUAUACAACUCUCAAUACGACAAGUCAGAUAACAUCGGCCUCAGCUCAGUUUCGAGAGAAGAAUGUCAAAUUUGUAUCACUCAAUCAACUA